AUGGCUCUCGUAGCCAGUGAUCGCUUGCAGCCGCUGGCGACGAGCGGCGCCGCGCCCGGCCGCUACGUGACCUCGGGCCCCGUCGGCGGCGGGGCCAUGGGGAUCUACGAGCGGCAGCGCCACCUGGUGGCGGCCGGCGUGUGGGGGGAGCCAUUCCGGCCCGACGCCGACGCCGUGGCCCUGCCCCUGCCCCUGCCCCUGGCCGCGGUCGUCCCGACGGUCACCGUGGCGACGACGCCGGCGCCGCUCGACGUCGUCGAAGCAGAGGAGGUCAAGUUCGGCAAACGCCUGUUGCAGGCACAGCAGGACGACGUCGCGCCGCCUGUGGAAGAAGAAGCGGCGCCGCCGUCGUCGGAUAGCUUCGGCCACGACGACGACGCCAGGCCAAGAGACAAGAGAGGCAGCCCGGAAGAGCCGGCUACGGAAGAAGGUCAGCAGCGUCUCAGCGAAGAGCGAACACUCAUCGCGUGCCAAGCAAAUCUUCUUGCUUUUGUUCCUUCUGAAUUGUUACGCGUACAUCCAGAAUCUCGAGACGAGCCGCAUGAAGCUAGCGCAGCUGGAGCAGGAGCUCACCAUGGCCAGGCGCCAGCAGCACGGCGCGUACGGCGUGGGAGGAGGAGGAGUCACACCGCCGCCGCCGGCGGCGCGCCUGUGGACCCGCGCGUGGCCGCGUUCGAGCUGGAGUAUGCGCACUGGGUGGAGGAGCAGAGCAGGCAGGCGACGGAGCUGCGUGCGGCGCUGCAGUCGCACGCGCCGGACGUGCAGCUGCGCGUGCUCGUCGACGCGGGGCUGGAGCACUACGGCGCGCUGUUCCAGGCCAAAGGCGCGCGCGCGGCGCGGUCCGACGCCUUCUUCGUGCUGUCCGGCGUGUGGCGGGCCCCCGCGGAGCGCUUCUUCCUCUGGAUCGGCGGGUUCCGCCCCUCCGAGCUGCUCAAGGUGCUGGCGCCGCAGCUGGACCCGCUCUUGGAGCUCCAGGCCGCCGAGGUGCGCAAGCUGCAGAACACGGCGCGGCAGCUGGAGGACGCGCUGACGCAGGGCAUGAACAAGCUGCAGCAGACGCUCGUCGAGACCCUCAUGACCGUCGACGUCUCGCCGGACGGCGCUGCCGGCGGGGGCGGGUACGCGGCGCAGCAGAUGGCCAGCGCCGUGGGCAAGCUCGCCGACCUCGUCGACUUCGUGGACAAGGCGGACCAUCUCCGGCAGCAGACGCUGAGAAACAUGCACAAGAUCCUGACGCCGCGGCAGGCGGCGCGGGGCUGCUCGCGCUCGCGGACUACGGCCAGCGGCUGCGCGCGCUCAGCUCGCUCUGGGCGGCGCGCCGGCGGGAGCCGGCGCGUAGAGAGAGAGAUGGCGAGUCUAACCGGCCUCAACGCGAACCCUAAUCCGAACAAGUCAUUCGAGAUACUGCCGAAUCCUGGUGACUCCGUCUCCAGCCUCAGCUUUAGUCCCAAGAAUAAUCUGCUUGUGGCAACCUCCUGGGAUAACCAGGUGAGGUGUUGGGAGAUUGUUGGUGGCAACAGUCAGCCAAAGGCAUCCAUAUCACAUGAUCAGCCGGUCCUCUGCUCGGCUUGGAAGGAUGAUGGAACUACUGUCUUCUCUGGAGGCUGUGACAAGCAGGUCAAAAUGUGGCCUCUGCUGUCAGGUGGGCAGCCUCAGACGGUUGCGAUGCAUGAUGCGCCUGUCAAGGAGGUCGCCUGGAUUCCUCAGAUGAAUCUUCUUGUCUCUGGAAGCUGGGAUAAGACUUUAAGGUAUUGGGAUACAAGACAAGCAAAUCCUGUGCAUAUCCAGCAACUUCCUGAGCGUUGCUAUGCUCUUACUGUGAAUUAUCCCCUUAUGAUUGUGGGAACUGCUGAUCGCCAUCUUGUUGUCUUCAAUUUGCAGAAUCCUCAGACGGAGUUCAAGCGAAUCCAAUCACCACUAAAAUACCAGACACGGUGCCUUGCUGCAUUCCCUGAUCAGCAAGGAUUUCUGCCAGUGAAGUGUGCUGCACCACCUCCCACCACACCAUGCAAAGUCUCCCUGGUUUGGGUUGUCGUGAGGCUUGGGCCAUCUGAGACCGGCAAUAUGAGAAUUUAUGGCUGGCGGUGCGGAGGAGCCUGUGCCGCUGGGAACUGGGAAGAGGAAAGAGGUUUGGGCGCAAGCGUCGCUGGGAGGGGAGACAGGUGUAGAUGGCUGGAUAGGAGUGGCCGAGUGGAUAAGGUCCAUCACACAUUUGCAACUGCUGGAUCUGACGGUGCUUUCAACUACUGGGAUAAGGAUAGUAAGCAGAGGCUAAAGGCUUUUAGUAGAUGCCCCUUCCCAUUCCUUGCAGUACCUUCAACAGUGAUGGUUCCAUAUUUGCUUAUCUUGCGUUUAUUGGACCCUGAUGCAGUGAUGCUUGAUGAAAUGUUCCGAAAAAACUGUUAUUUAUGCAGCUACCAUCGACUUCGUUCCUGGGAUAUUCUCCAGCGGUCCGGAUAUGCAGGUAUAGUUUACAGAGGUCACACGAACAAUGUGAGCAGUGUGAAGGUCUUCUUUUCCCAGGCUUUUGGUGGUGGUCUAGUGUCACCGGAUUGGACUAUCAUUAGUUGUUGA